AUGAUCGUGAAUGAUAGUCACCAAUCACCAUCGACGAAACCGCUGGUGCUGCCGAUUGUCUCUAAUUUUUUGUUAUCAGGGAUGAGACGAGAAGUAGAAGAUGUUGUGGAGUUGAUGCAGAAUAUACAAUCCCGGUUGACAGUAAAAGAAGCGGCGCGAACAAGCGUUUUGUCCAAGUCUUGGCUACAUGCUUGGUCUACUUUCCCCAACCUCAGGUUCGAUGUUGGAAGAGGAAAGAGCAUGAAGUUGGUGGACGUGGAGCGAACUCUGAUAAGGUAUCACCGUGACAACACACCAAUCAAAAGGUUUGAUCUUAAGAUCGAAAUUGAAAAUCAGGAGUCAGCUUCUCAAGCUGAAAAAUGGAUCGGGCGUGUGGCAACCAAAACUUGUCUCAAAGAGAUUUCCCUCUCACUCUUCCUUUGGGGUGCCUCGUUUAUGUUGCCAGAUGAGAUAUUGGCAAGUGAGAAUCUAACUAAGAUAAGAGUUUCAGCACCGAGGAUCCAUUCAAAUUCCGUUUGGAUGACAGCGACAAAUCCUGUGAUCAAAUGCAUGUCAUCCCUACGAGAACUGCACUUGGAAGGUGUGAGCAUAAGUGAAGAGGCACUUCAUCACAUAUUGUCGUCUUGUUGCUUGCUUGUGAAGAUAGAGCUUUUACAUUCCUGUGAGGGGUUCAAGACCAUCAAGGUUAAAAACCUUCCUCGUCUUUACGAAUUAAACAUAUCUUUCGCUAGUCUAUAUGAAAAUUCUACUGCUUUGGAAAUCAGUGAUGUCCCAAAACUUGGUGUGUUUAGCUACUAUCGACAGGGUGUUUUUCUUCAAUCACAUAUUCCUCUUGUAAUUGACCCAUUCAACUCCCAUUCAAUAUCAGUGCGCAAGGUGAGACGAUUAAUGUUAGGUAAUGUGAUAAUUGACAACACGUGUCUGGACAUGAUCAAAUUGGGAUUUCCUUUUCUUGUGAGUUUGACACUUGGGUUGACAUAUUGGAAGUUGACGACCUUUCAUUUCUCAUCUUCUUCCAUCAAGAAAUUGGUCUUGUAUUCGUUCCAACCCACCCUUGUCGACAUACAAGUACAUGCUCCAAAAUUAUUAAUUUUCGACUUCAGUGGUGACACAUUGCCUAGUCUCUUGUUUCCAGUCUCGUCUCUCAAACAACACAUGGUUUCACUCAGACUUAAACAUCCUGUUGAUGCUUCUUUUUUUCUUAAUAUGAGGGAAGCACUUAGAUUAUCACGCAAGUGUGACCUUCAUAUACACUUAAGUCAGCCACCUGUUGACAUGGACAUCGAUAUCGAUGAUCUAAGAACAAGGCUCCUGCAACGAACGUGCAAGAACUAA